UGGGAGAGGCACUUGGGAGAAAGCAUGGCGUGCUUGUGCUGUAAGGGCUCAGAGAAUGCGUGUUUCUAGUCCUGAAACGCCAUUGCAAUCACGUGCAGGGAAGACAGAGACCCCGUCAAUGAGUCACACCAGUAGCAAAGCGAGUUCAGCGACGAAACCCAUAAUUCCACUCUCAUCACCUUUAUGGAGUUUGUCAACUCCCCUCGAAACUUUACAAUCAAGAAGCAUUCAGAGAGGUUCAGCUGCUGCACCACUGCCUUCUUCAUCACAUGCUCAUCAAGCUGCAUCGGUUACGAAUAUUGGACAUAAUACGGCUUGGAUGUCCCCUCUCCCUUACCCCAACCCGUGGCUUGCUUCUCCGCAGACCAGUGGGUUCGAUGUUGGUUCUCGUUUCCCCGUUUUCCCGAUCACCGAAUCUGUAAAAUUGACACCCACAAAAGAAUCGUCCUUGCCUUACUCUGGCGGUAAGCAUGUUCUGAGUGGAACUUCUGGCAAUAUUUUCAAAGGGACACAAACACUUGAGCCAGCCAGUACAGUUGUAGCACCUGCUCAACACUCCACUGGGACGAAAUCAAGGAAACGGAAGAAAAUGCCAGUCUCUGUGGAGUCUGAUCCAAGCAUUUUGAAUUCGCUACAGCAGACAGAAGUAGUUGUCUCACCUCUUGUUUCUAUAUCAACACCUGUACCUAUUACAGCUGCUCCGGGUAGUCUGACUUCUAACGCAGGCACCCUGCCCAGUGUUGAUUCCAUCUCUGCAGUCCCUAUGAACCUGGUAUCUACGUUCCCUGGAAAGAAAAUGAAAUCAUCUUUGCAAUCCCCAAUUUUUGGUGGUAACCUUGUAUCUGAAGUUAAGCAGAGAUCUGUGUUACCGGCAGAUACCAUUGAUAAGCUUAAUGAGGCUAAGAUGCAUGCAGAGGAUGCUUCUGCUCUCGCUACUGCAGCCGUUAGUCACAGCGAAUACGUAUGGAAGCAGAUAGAGCAACAGAGGCAUGCUGGCCUCCAGCCAGAAACUCAAGGCAGAUUAGCUUCCGCUGCUGUUGCCGUAGCUGCUGCCGCUGCAGUGGCAAAGGCUGCAGCUGCCGCCGCCAAUGUCGCAGCUAAUGCGGCAUUUCAGGCAAAAUUAAUGGCUGAAGAAGCAUCCCUUCCUAGUGUUUCUUAUCAGGGUAAUGAACUCCACAAGUCAAAUGAUGUACUAACUCAAGGCCAGGGUACCCCUGCUUCUGUCUUGAAGGGUGAAGGUGCAGUGGUCA